AUGUUGUGCUUGUUGUUAACGAUUACGCUUGCUCUUCUCUUAACUACAAAUGCUUCGACUUGUCCAAAUCGACAAUUAAUAGAAGAAUCACUCAAGCAAGUUCAUAUUCCGGGUGCUGUAAUUGUCGUAGUCAAUGCUACUCAUAUACUCUACGAACAAGUUUUCGGUUACCAAUCCUUAUCACCGGAACAACCUAUGGACGUUGAAAGAUCGAUUUUUCCUCUUGGUUCGAUCUCGAAAACAUUCAUUGCAAUCGCUGUCAUGCAACUUGUCGAACAAGAACUCGCUGAUCUUGAUACGGACGUUAACCAAUACUUAGCGGAAUCUCAGAAACGCAUAUAUCAUCCACAGUAUCCUUCUCACGCAAUUACACUGCGCAAGUUACUGUCGCAUUCAGCUUCGAUUGAUGUCAGACCUGACGCGCAAAAUACUCAUUUGCGACCAGGUGAUGAUGCAUACAAUGAAUCAUUAGCUGAUGGAUGUUUCAAAUAUGUGAAUCCAAACACAUCAAACUGGUUACCAAGACCACCAGGUAGUGUAACAUGGUACGCAAAUCUUGGUGCAUCACUAGCCGCACUAGUUGUUGAACGAGUAGCAAACAUGUCCUACAUUGAUUAUAUUGAAGAAAGAAUUCUGAAACCGCUGGGCGUCGAUAUCAGCAAAACUGGUGUGCGUCUAUCAGAUUUUGAAAAUACAGAAGAUCUUGUCAAGCAUUAUGUUUAUGCAUUCAAUACAUCUCAUCUUGAGCAGUGGAAAAGAUUUAUUCCACAUUUGAAUAUCACGCAAAUAAAGGUAAACGCGUCAAUAUAA